CUUCUCCCGGUCCCCGCUGAGUCCAGGGCAAGAAGAAAUCAAGGACCCUCUCAUCCUCUGGAAUCUUCUCCCCAGAGACACCUAAGUGGGCACGGCUGCUUCUGUUGUCGCUCUUGCAGCCAUAACUCUGCCCCAGAGCCCAGGAGGUAUGGGGGAGCCCCGGGCACCCGAGGCCGUGGCGGUGCACAGGCUAGAACACCGCCGGGAAGAAGAACAGAAGGAGGCGCGGCAACACAGCCUGCAGAUGGGCUCCUCCACGCGGAAAUGGACCUUCCACAGCAGCGAGGAAGAGGAUCAGUUCAGCGCGGCAGACUACGCCCUCGCAGCUGCCCUGGCUCUGACGGCCUCCUCAGAGACAUCGUGGGAGGCCCAGCUGAGGCGCCAGACCAGCACCGUGGAGCUGGAGGAGCGAGGGCAGAAGCGGGUGGGCUUCGGCAAUGAGUGGGAGAAGAUGGAGAUCGCCUUCCUACGGACCCGGUGGCUGCUGCGCCAGAGGCGAGACCGGAAGGCGCUGAGAUGGCAGACAGAGAAGAAGGUCCGGGAGGCCAAGGAGCUGAGGGAGCUGUGUUCCGGACGCGGGCCCUGGUUCUGUAUCCCGCUGCGCUCCCACGCGGUCUGGGAGCGCACCACGGUCCUACUGACCUGCACCGUGCAGGCCUCGCCUCCACCCCAGGUCACCUGGUACAAAAAUGACAUGCGAAUUGAUCUCCGCCUCUUCCCUGCCGGAAAGUACCGAAUCACCAAUAACUAUGGGCUGCUGACACUGGAGAUUAGGAGAUGCACCAUUGAGGACGCAGCCACCUACACAGUGACGGUCAAGAACGCCUACGGCCAGGCCUCCUCCUUCGCCAAAGUCCUUGUCCGCACUUACCUGGGAAAGGAUGCUGGCUUCGAUUCGGAGAUCUUUAAAAGACUGAUGUUUGGCCCCAACGUGGAAUUCACGUCGGUGCUGAAACCAGUCUUCGCCCGUGAGAAGGAAUCCUUCUCCCUGUCCUGCCUAUUUUCGGAAGAUGUGUCAGACGCCAAGCAGAACAUCCAGUGGUUCCGAGAUGGGAGGCUGCUGAAGUCCUCCAGCCGCCGGCAGAUGCUCUACGCAGACCGCCAGGCGUCCCUGAAGGUGUCCUGCGCCUACAAGGAGGACGAGGGUCUCUACACGGUCCAGGUGCCCUCGCCCUCUGGGCUCCGGGAGCAGAGGGCCUAUGUGUUUGUGAGAGAUGCUGCAGCCGAGAAGCCAGGGGCUCCAGGCUCCCCCCUGAAUGUUCGAUGCCUGAACGUGAACAGAGACUGCCUCAUCCUGACGUGGACCCCGCCCAGCGACACCCGUGGCAACGCCAUCACCAGCUACUCCAUUGAGCUGUGCCAGGGCGAGUCCGAACAAUGGGUGCUCUGCCACCAGACCCCCGGCGGGACCUGUCGGUGCCCAAUCCAAGGCCUCGCCGAAGGCCAGAGCUAUCGGUUCCGGGUGAGAGCCAUCAGCAGAGCCGGCAGCAGCAUCCCCUCCAAGGCUUCGGAACCGGUUGCCAUGGGCGACCCUGAGGAAGCCCGGAGGAAGACAGAGAUCCCCUUUGACAUGGGAAAAACGAUCACGGUCAGCACAGAUGAUUCUGAAGACUUCGUGACCAUUCCCUCGCCCCCGACCAAUGUCCACGCCAGCGAGAUCCGCGAGGCCUAUGUGGUUCUGGGAUGGGAGGAGCCAAGACCCCGGGGCAAAGCCCCACUGACGUACUUCCUGGAGAAGUCGGUCAUAGGUAGUGGCACCUGGGAGGCCAUCAACUCAGAAACGCCUGUGAAAUCCCCGAGAUUCGCCCUUUUGGAUCUGGAGAAAGGGAAGUCGUAUGUCUUCAGAGUGCGAGCGAUAAACCAGCACGGCAUGAGCGAUCCCUCGGAGCCCAGCGAGCCCAUCGCCUUGAGGGGGAAGCCAGCCACUCUCCCUCCUCCAACUCAAGUUCAAGCUUUCCGAGACACACAGACCUCUGUCUCCCUGAACUGGGAUCCUGUGAAAGACAGCCCAGAGCUCCUGGGUUAUUACAUCUACUCCCGGAAGGCAGGAUCAUCCGAGUGGAAAACAGUUAACAACAAACCCAUCCAGGGCAACAGGUUCACGGUUCCCGGGCUGAGGACAGGGCAGGAGUAUGAGUUUUGUAUCAGGUCAGUCAGCGAGGCUGGAGUUGGGGAGAGCUCAGCCGCCACCGAACCCAUCAAGGUCAAGCAGGCUCUUGCUAUACCAUCUGCCCCAUAUGACUUCGCCCUCCUGAACUGUGGGGAAAAUGAUAUGGUCAUUGGGUGGAAACCCCCCAAGUGGCGUGGAGGGGGCAAGAUCCUGGGCUACUUCCUGGACCAGCACGACUCGGAGGAGCUGAACUGGCGCUCGGUCAACCAGCAGCCCAUCCCCACCCAGAUCUGCAAGGUCAGUGACCUUCAUGAAGGCCACUUCUAUGAGUUCCGUGCCCGGGCAGUAAACUGGGCUGGUGUUGGAGAGCUGUCGGCGUCCAGCAGCCUGUUUGAGUGCAAAAAGUGGACGAUGCCUCAGCCAGGACCCCCGUAUGGCGUGCGGGUGUUUGAAGUGCGGGCCACCUCCCUGAUGCUGACGUGGGAGCCCCCACUGUACCAAGGGGCCGGACCGGUCACAGGCUACUGCAUCAGUGUCCAGGAGGAAGGCUCUGAGCAGUGGAAGCCGGUCACUCCAGACCCCAUCUCUGACACCCACCUGAGGAUUUCUGACUUACAGCCGGGGAAGACCUACGUGUUCCAUGUACAGGCUGUGAAUUCAGCGGGCCCAGGGCAGCCGUCUGUGCCCACCGACCCCGUACUCCUGGAGGACAAGCCAGAUGCUCGUGAGAUCGAGGUCGGUGUGGAUGAUGAGGGCUUUAUCUACAUGGCUUUCGAAGCCCCCGAGGCCCCCGACUCCUCGGAGUUUCAGUGGUCCAAGGACUACAAGGGCCCGCCGGACCCACAGAGGGUCAAGGUCGAGGAGGAAGUUAACAAGUCCAAGAUCAUCCUGAAAGAACCUGGCCUCGAGGAUUUGGGCACCUACUCGGUGGUGGUCACCGAUGCUGACGAAGAAAUCUCAGCAAGCCACACGCUGACGGAGGAAGAGCUGAACAAGCUGAAGAAGUUGAGCCAUGAGAUUAGAAACCCAGUGAUCAAGCUGAUCUCCGGCUGGAACGUUGACAUCCUCGAGCAAGGAGAGGUGCGGCUUUGGCUGGAAGUAGAAAAGUUGUCUCCAGCCGCUGAGCUGCAUCUAAUCUUCAAUGAGCAGGAAAUCUUCAGCUCACCGAACCGCAAAAUCAAUUUUGUCCGAGAGAAGGGCCUGGUGGAAGUCAUCAUCCAAAACUUGACUGAGGACGACAAAGGGUCGUAUACUGCUCAGCUCCAAGACGGAAAAGCCAAGAACCAGAUCACCCUGGCUCUGGUGGAUGACGAGUUCGACAAACUUCUAAGGGAGGCAGGUGCUAAGAGAAGAGACUGGAAGAGAAAGCAGGGUCCGCAUUUCGAGGAGCCUUUGCAAUGGAAGGUCACCGAGGACUGCCAAGUGCUGCUGACGUGCAAGGUGGCCAACACCAAGAAAGAAACCCGCUUCCAGUGGUUCUUCCAGAAGAAAGAGUUCCCAGAUGGUCAGUACGACCCGCAGACUGGAGCAGGGCUUCUCUGCAUCGAAGAGCUUUCCAAAGAGGACAAGGGCAUUUACAGAGCAGAGGUUUCGGAUGAGCGAGGGGAGGACGACACCAUCCUGGACCUCACAGGUGAAGCCCUGGAUGCCAUCUUCACUGAGCUGGGCAGGAUUGGUGCCCUCUCUGCGACCCCACUGAAAAUCCAGGGCACUGAAGAGGGGAUCCGGCUCUUCAGCAGGGUCAAGUACUACAACGUGAACUACAUGAAAACCAGCUGGUUCCACAAAGAGAAACGCCUGGAGAGUGGUGAUCGGGUGAGGGCUGGCACCACCCUGGAUGAGAUCUGGCUCCACAUCCUGGACCCCAAAGACUCAGACAAGGGCAGAUACACCCUAGAGAUAGCGGCCGGGAAAGAAGCCCGGCAGCUCUCAGCUGAUCUCUCGGGACAAGCUUUUGAGGACGCCCUGGCUGAGCACCAGAGACUGAAAGCCUUGGCCAUCAUCGAGAAGAAUCGUGCCAAAGUGGUGAGGGGCCUGCCGGAUGUGGCCACGAUCAUGGAAGAUAAGACCCUGUGCCUGACCUGCGUCAUCUCAGGAGAUCCUUUCCCUGAAAUCUCUUGGCUGAAGAACGACCAGCCCAUCACCUUCCUUGACCGCUACCACAUGGAGAUGAGGGGGUCGGAGGUCACCAUCACCAUCGAGAGGGUCAACAGUGAGGACAGUGGGCGCUACGGUGUCUUCGUCAAGAACAAGUAUGGCUCCGAGACGGGCCAGGUCACCAUCAGCGUGUUCAAGCACGGGGAGGAGGGCAAGGUGCUGAAGGUGUGACGGUCGGAUCCAGGCACAGCCUGAGGUCUAGUCUGCACGGACUAGGAGGGUCAACCAGCGGCUCACAGCCUGGCACAAGCCACGGAGGCGGGGCAGGGGGGAUUGGACAUUGUGGAACCCGGGACAUGGGAGAGGAGUAGCUACACCAAAGUGGAGAAGCAGAGACCUUGCUGGGGUCCUGGGAGGCCUCCAGGAUAACGGGAUCAGCACUGGACUUGGAAUGGGAGACCUACGUGCAAAACUGUUUCAGCUCUAAACUCUCCAUGAGCCUUGCCUUCCUCAUCUAUCACAUGGGAAUUCCUACUCCUAGGGAUUGUUUAUGAAAACCCUUGAAACCACACACCAGUGAUUCUCAACAGGAGGCAGUUUUGUCCCCCAGGAGACAUUUGGCAGUGUCCAAAUUUUGGGUUGUCACAGCUGGGGAUGUCCGCUGGCGUCUAGUAGGUAGCAGCCUACUAAGCACAACAGCACAUAGAAUUCAACCCCAAAUGACAAUAGUGCCGCGGUUGAUGCACCGCCCACCCCCCUUGUAAACGGAUUUAUCACAGUACCCCCUUUUGGAUACUGUAUUUUCAAUUCACUUAAGUUCAACGAACAUUCAUUUGAAGUCUAGCGUGUGCCAGGCUGCAGAUGGCAUCGGGAGCACAAAGAUACAUAAUAUGCGGGCCCCGCCCUCAAGGACACCUCAGCCCAGGAGGAGAGUCAGACCUGGGUGCAAAUGACUCCAGGACAAGUCAGAUGAUCAGGAUUAUAAAACAGGUCCACAUAAAGUUCCACUGGUGGUCAGAGGAGGGAGACAGGCGUUCAUCCCAACUAGGGAAGGUGAGCUUUAAAACACCUUCAUGGAACUAGCAGAAUUGGUGGUUGGGCCCUGAAAAAAGAAGUUGGAUUUGGUGAUGGUCAUGGGAAGAGAUUUCAGGAGCAGGGGAUGGUGAGAGCAAAGGUGAGGCGUGGGGGUGACGCUGCCUGGGUGGCCUUGGAUGCCAGGCCGGAGAGUUGGAUGACCUUCCGGACUUCCAGCUCAGGGCCUCUGCCUGGCGGGACAGAUGCUGGUUGGCCUUGCUUGCUGGACCUCAAUACGGAGCUGGGCAUUUCACCACCCUCCAGUUUCCUUCUUUUUUCAAAUCAGAUUGGGAGGGGUGGGGUUUAUAAAGUUAGAGAUGUUUGUUGUAAAAAUUUUGGAAAACCUUGAAAAUGUUGAAGGAGAAAAUAAAACUCAUCUGUACUCCCAACACCAAAACAUAA